AUGGGGAACACUCCAAGCUCGCACAAGAUAUCGGCACAGGACAGGGCAAUCCUUGACAUGAAGAACCAGCGCGACAAGCUACACCAAUACCAGCAGCGCGUAACCCUGAUUACAGACCGCGAGACAGCAGUCGCGCGAGAAUGUCUGGCCCGUGGAGACAAGCCUAAAGCGCUCCUGGCAUUGCGGCGCAAGAAGUUCCAAGAAACCCUUCUCGCCAAAACCGACGCCCAGCUUGAGACACUUGAACAGUUGACCAGCAAUGUCGAGUUUACCUUGGUCCAGAAGGACGUGGUCUACGGCCUACAACAGGGUACAAACGUUCUCAAACAAAUACAUGCCGAAAUGGGCGGCAUUGAGAAUGUGGAGAAGUUGAUGGGGGAGAGUGAAGAUGCGAAGGCGUAUCAAAAAGAGAUUAGUGAGAUGCUGGGAGGCCAAAUGUCAAAUCAGGACGAGGACGAAGUAGAGGACGAGUUGGAGACUUUGGAGGGAGAGAUCAACGGGAUUAAAGAGCCGAAUGCUAUCAAGUAUCCAGCAGCACCUCAGAAUGAGCCUGUGUUUGCUGGUGAAUUGGAAGAGGUGGGACAGCAGAAGGCGAGAGCAAGGGCGAGAGCACAGGAGAGGGCGGCGGCGCAGGCUGCGGAGCCGAUGCUGGCAUAG